AUGAUGGUGACGGCGUACCUUGCCAUAAUUGUCCUGCUCGCCUUGUGUGUUGGUCUCGAGCUCACGGCACGUCGUCUCAGCCCACCUGCUCAGACACAGACUGCUGCAGCCAACCCAGCCUUCCGUCGCUUCCAGAGCAUCUUCCUCCGGGCCUACCUCCUGGCCCUCUGGGCAGACUGGCUGCAGGGUCCCUACCUAUAUAAACUCUACCGCCACUACAGCUUCCUGGAGUCCCAAAUAGCUAUCAUCUAUGUCUGCGGCUUAGGCUCUUGUGUGCUGUUUGCCCCUUUUUCCAGCUGGCUUCCCCAAGCCCUGGGCCGCAGACAUACUUGUCUCCUGUUCUGCCUGUCCUACUCUGCUUGCUGCCUCACUAAGUUAUCCACAGACUAUUUUGUGUUGAUCAUCGGUCGCAUCCUGGGUGGUCUGUCUACAUCCUUGCUCUCUACCACAUUUGAGGCUUGGUAUGUGCACCAGCAUGUCAACAUUCACGAUUUUCCCAAGGAGUGGAUCCCCAGCACCUUUAACAAAGCUGCCACAUGGAAUCACGGGCUCGCCGUGGGAGCUGGCCUGGUUGCUAACUUGCUUGCCGAGUGGCUCCACUUGGGCCCGGUAGCUCCUUUUCUCCUGGCCAUCCCCUGUUUGGCGUGCUGCGGCUGGGUUGUGUUGACGGACUGGGGCAAGGAAGAAGCAGAAGGCAUACCUGAAGGGGAUAAACAGACACCGUCCUUAGGAGGUUUGACUCGUAUUUCUGCAAAGGCCCGUUUCUCCCGCAGCUGUCAUGAUGGGCUCCGGUGCCUGCUGUCAGACAAGAGGGUCAUGCUUCUCGGUGGGGUGCAAGCUCUAUUUGAAAGUGUCCUCUACAUCUUUGUUUUUCUUUGGACCCCAGUACUCGACCCCCAUGGACCUCCGUUAGGGAUCGUUUUUUCUUGUCUAAUGGCCGCCUCAAUGGUUGGCUCCUUAAUGUACCGCCUUGCCACCUCCACACACUAUCAUCUGCAACCCGGGCACGUUCUCUGCUUGGCUGUUUUAAUGGCGUUCUUCUCUUUCUUCAUGUUGACUUUUUCCACCACGCCUGGCCAGCCGAGACCUCACGAAUCCUUCUUUGCCUUCUUGCUGCUGGAGCUCGCUUGUGGCCUCUACUUCCCGGCUGUCAGCUUUCUGCAGGGCAGGGUAAUCCCAGAGGAGAAGCGGGCUGGAGUGCUGGCCUGGUUCCGCCUCCCUCUAAAUCUACUGGCCUGUAUUGGGCUAUUGGCGCUCCACGGUGAGGUGUCAGGGACAGGUGGAGGGGAAGGGGGCAACGGUACUAGAAACAUGUUUGGAGGCUGUGCGCUCAUGAUGCUGGCCGCCUUGAUGGCUGUCGUCAGUCUGUUCACGCUUGGCAGAAAUGACUCGGACCUUAAACUGGAGGGAACAAGAGCAGACAGUGAAAUGUACUGA